CCGGCAGGCGGGGAGGACGGAAGCGGCGACCCUCGCCUUCCGUCGGAGCCUGAAGCGCCUGCGGGUUGUUGUUUGGAGCCCGGAGACCCCGCGAUGUCCACGGAGUCCGUGAAGAAAAGGAAGACCAAAGUCAUCCGGAGCGAGGGCGGGCCUGUGGAGAAGGAACCCAGGAAGGGCCGAGGUGAUGGCGACCAGGAGAACAAAUCUUAUAGUGAGGAAGCAGAAGUGGACACAAGAGAUCCUGCCAAAGACUAUGAUCUGUACAAGAAAACAUGUGAAGAUCUUCAAAGACUGAUGGCCGAGAUUCACGAAUUGAAGAGUAAAGGAGGAAAAGAUGCCGCAGCAGAGAUUGAUGAGCGGCGGAUCCAAAGCUGUAUUCACUUCAUGACUCUAAAGAAGUUAAACCGUUUGGCUCAUAUCAGAUUAAAAAAAGGCCGCGAUCAAACACAUGAGGCCAAACAGAAGGUGGAUGCUCUUCACCUUCAACUUCAGAAUCUUCUUUAUGAGGUGAUGCAUCUUCAAAAAGAAAUCACAAAGUGCUUAGAAUUCAAAUCUAAACAUGAAGAGAUUGACUUGGUGAAUGUUGAGGAGUUCUAUAAGGAAGCUCCAUUAGACAUUAGCAAGCCUAAUUUUACUAAGAAUGAUCCUCAUCAACAAACUCUGUCACGUUUGGAUUGGGAACUUGAACAGCGUAAAAGGUUGGCAGAAAAAUACAAAGAAUCACUAGCAAAUAAAGAGAAAAUUAUGAAGGACAUUGAAAUCAAAAAAGAGUAUUUAAGCAGCCUGCAGCCAAGACUUAAUGCUAUUAUGCAGGCAUCUUUACCAGUCCAGGAGUAUCUUUCUAUGCCAUUUGAUCAAGCUCAUAAACAGUAUGAAAUUGCCAGACACCUGCCUCCUCCGCUAUAUGUGCUGUAUGUACAAGCAAAUUCGUAUGGACAAGCUUGUGCCCAGAUGAACAAGGCCUCCCAGCCCUAUGGGCGGGAUAAAAAUCUUACAGUCGCUAUUGAUGGGGAUGUGGAAGAAGCCAAGGCACUUGCGAGACCACCAGAGGAUUCCCAAGAUGAUGAAAGUGACUCAGAUGCAGAAGAGGAGCAGACAACAACUAAACGUCGUCGCCCAACUCUUGGCCUACAGCUAGAUGAUAAACGCAGAGAAAUGUUGAAACGGCACCCUCUGUCUGUUGCUUUAGACCUGAAAUACAAAGAUGGCAGUGUUCUUCAUCUCUACUUCUAUUAUUUGAUGAACCUCAAUAUAAUGACUGUCAAGACCAAAGUAACCACAGCUACAGAGAUGUCCAUAGCUAUCAGUGCAGGAGAUCUAUUGUCUCCAGCCUCACUACUGAGUUGCCUGUAUCCUGGGGACCAUGGCAAGAAGACUCCAAAUCCAGCUAACCAGUAUCAGUUUGAUAAAGUUGGAAUCUUAUCUUUUAGUGACUACAUUGGAGAGCUGGGACACCCCUAUGUUUGGGUUCAGAAACUUGGAGGUCUGCAUUUUCCGAAGGAUCAGCCACAGAAAUCUGUGAUAGCAGACAAUUCAUUGAGUGCAAGUCACAUGGAAACAACAAUAAAACUGCUACGUGUAAGGUUGCAGUCCCGACUGGCUCUGCAGAAGCAAUUUGCUUCACUUGAACACAGUAUUGUUCCAAUAUCCAGUGAAUGUCAGCAUCUUUUCCCAGUGAAGAUCAUAUCCAGAUUGAUCAAAUGGUGUGCCAUUUCAUAUGAGGACUAUGUGGCACUGCCUUUUACCAAGCAUGUCAUAGAGGCAGACAUGGCUCAAGAGACUGAUCUCUUCUUUUCAGCUUUGAUAGAGCGAGGGACAGCAAAGCUUCAUGUGGCUGUAGUGUUGAAUCCAGGUUAUUCAACCAUCCCCCCCAUCUUCAGUAUAUGUUUAAAUUGGAAGGGAGAGAAAUCAAGUCGUAAUGAUGAUAAUCUAAAGGCAAUAGAAGGUGAGGUUAAUGUAUAUUUCAAGGAGUUGCUGGGUCCCAAGCCAGGCCAUCAGCUGCUGACGAAUCAGGUCCAGCGUUUAUGCAUGUGCUUGGAUGUAUAUCUGGAAACAGAAACUCAUGAUAACAGUGUGGAAGGGCCAAAGGAAUUCCCACGAGAGAAGAUGUUUCUGCGUCUUGUUAGGGGUCCUAAUAGAAUCAAGCCAUUUAAAUAUAAUCACCCACAGGGAUUCUUCACGCAUCGGUGACUCAACGGUACUUGAAUGAAAUGGAUGCAUGCUGCAGCCCACUGCAGCUAUUAACUUUAUGAUGGACCUUCCCGAGCAAUUUGGAUUAAAAUUUAGAUUUGAAACUAAGAAAACGAUGUGCAUCAGUGUUAGAGCUGUGUGCUUUGUACUUUGGAUUGAAUAUGGUAAUGAUGCAGAUUUUGUUGUGGGACUUGCUUUUUGUCUCCCAAGAUAUUUGCAAUUUAGUUUGUGAAUAUGUUGGCAUUUGUUGUACAGUAUCUGUUUCAGUUAUCGUUGAAAUUCAAUUUAAGUUGACAUUGAGUCUAAUUUACAAAUAGCAGUUUUAGCUGCUAAGUUUCUUAAAGUUUAGUUUUAUUAUUGAAAAGAUUUGUAAAGCAAUGAAUUUUCCAUUUUUUGUCACAUGACUGGCAGCAAACCAUUAAAUAUUUUUGUCUUGUAAUUCAGAUCUGAGGAGUUGUAAUAAAAUAAUUACAUUCCUCACUAUAACUGAGAGUGUAGUGAGAAAAAUAGUACUUCAACUUAAAGUAUUCUCACUUGUUUCAAAAGGAAACACUGGACAAAUUAAUUCUCAUGAAAACACAUAAUUAUAUAGAAUAAAAUCUCACACCCAAAUAAAAUUAAUUGAAGACUAGAAACCAUUUCACUUAAGACAGGAAUCAUUAAUGUAGUUUCAUUUCCAAUGUGAAAAUUGGUUAAUUUUUAUUUGAGUGAUGAGUGAGACUAGUUGCCCCAUUCAGUUCACUUUCCUAUAGAAGCUGUUUGGCAUCCACCACAGAAUUUGAUAUCAAGGCAACAUUUGCCAUACUCAAUGGCAUUAGAGAGCCCAUAAAAAUUGAAGUCAAUGGAAACUGAGAAUUAAAUCACCCCUGGCUGGAGUCAUUCCCAGCACAAGAAAGUUGAUUGUGAUUCUUGAAGGCAGUCAUCUCAGCUCCCAGUACAGUAAUGCAAGUGUUGCUGAUGGUAAUAUUCAAGACCCUGUCAUCAAUUGCUUUGUCAAUGACAUUCCCUCCAUUAUAAGGUAAGAAGUGGGAAUAUCCCCUGAUGAUUAUACAAUGGUCAACUUACUUGCAAUUCCACAGUUAAUGAAGCAGCCAUGCCCACAUACAAAAGCCCUGCACCACAUUCAGGUUUGGGCUGAUGAGUGGCAAGUAUCAUUCAAUGCCAGGCAAUGACCCUUUCCAAUAAGAGGACAAAUUAUCACCUCCUUUGAUAGCCUCACCUUUGCAAAAUACCCCAUCAUCAACAUGCAGAAGAUAAUUACUGACUGGAAAUUUAAAAGACCAGUACAAAAGCAGGUCAGCAACUGGAUAUCGUGUUGAGUACAUGCCUGACUCUCCAAAGCUGUUCCAUGAUCAUCAAGGCAUAAGUGUGAUGGAAGAAUCUACUUGCUGGAUGAUUGCAGCUCCAACAAUACUCAGAAUUUACUUUAGUGAUCAGCUCCACAGUAGUGAUGUUAUACAACUUUAAUAAGCCCUAUCAAUUUUAGGUGAAAAGGCCCUUGAAUUUUCAGUGAUUGUAAAUUUCAUUGUUAAAAUAAUCAGAAAAUGCUUGUUGACGUGGAAAAGUUGUGAUGCUACACCUUUCAUGCUAAGUUUCAAAGUCAAGAAAAAUAUUUUUUUCAUAAAUUAUGAAAACCUUACAAAACUUGUCUUUUUCUUCUAGCCCUGUAAAUGAAAAUGAGAUUUUGGAGUGAUGAAUAAUUGACUUGAAGUCAUAGAAUGUCAUUUGACAAUCAGAACUAUAAUAGGACCACAUUUAUAGGUAACAGCAGCAGAGAGUAUGUUUAUAUUGUGUUGCAUUGGUGCUUUUUUUUAGUGUAAUGAAAUUUGGUCCACAUUUAAUUUUGACCAAUGUGGGCAUUGUAGACUCCUCCACAGAUGGGGCAGGUAUAUGAAUAAGUAUGACUUCCCAAUUACAUUUUCACAGGAAAUCAUCCAGCUUGUUUACAAUCUCCCUGAAUUUUCUUCUAGAGGUAGGGCUAUCUUAGACAAUUAAAUAAUGCCAGCAAUUAUAGAAAUCCACCUUAACCCUGCGCUGCCCCCAUCCACUCUAAUAAAUGAAAACUGGCAAUAUGAAAAGAAUCUGGGUUACAUUAGUGAAUGAGUAUUAUAUGGACAUGUGGAACCACAAUUAACAAGGUCCCUAAGCCUAAAGAACACAGUGAAAUACGACAUUGGAAGUCUUCAGACUGAUUAUAGCAAUUUUAGAAGUACUGAUAUUUGUAUGGCCACAUUUAUGAACAAUACAAGUUACUAAAAUUAACAUAUUUAGCAUAUUUUGUAAUCAUUGAGGGGAAAAUCAGUGGUGCUUGGAAAUGCAAAAUUACAUCUUUGUUAGAAUAUUGCAAAAUUUGUAUUCAGACAUUCUGGAUUAGCAGAACUUAAAAUAAAAAUGGCAUGCUCUACCCAGGGAGGACAUUAAUUUAACAAGCGCAGGUUCCUUCCAUUUUUGUGCCUUCCAGUGUUUUUUUUCUAGUUGCUUUCUGCUGCAUUCCGUUUUACUUACUUUCUCCAGAGAUGUAACCCAUGACUAAGAAUAACCAUAUCUUCACUGCAGCACAAAAAUUAUUUGCAUGUGUUGAUGGGACCAAAGAGAAACUGAAAAUGUUGCAAAUAGAUAAUAAAAUCAAGUUUAAUGCUGAUUAUUUUCCAGUGUUCAAUACAAAUUGCAAGCUGGAAAAAAAUUGAACUGCAAGUUGAAGGUCAUGAUGACUCUUAGUUUAAGAAACUUGAAUUUUAGGUCUUCCUUGACACCUCUGUUUUCUGAAUUGUCAGACUAUUCCAAAAUUGAAUGAACAGAAAUUUCCUCCAAUUAAAUUUAGGGAAGACUGAGGUGGGUGAGGCAGAUCCUCUGGAAACCCCACCAGCGUUUACUCUCUUAACUCCCAAUACCUGUGGGCUUUUCUUCUCAGAGGGUGUUCGCCUUAGCCUUUGUCAGCUCUUCGAUUCCCUGCCCAUUGAUUCUACAGCAGUUCAUGUGGGAGGAAGGGGGUUAGAUAGUCUUAGGCAAGGUUUAAAGGUCAGCACAACAUUGUGGGCUAAAGGACCCGUAUUGUGCUGUACUGUUCUAUGAUUCUAUGCUGAGCUAACCCUUAGCAUUCAGCAUUCCAGCACAAUCUUUCUCUGCAUCCUCAGAUGGCCCCUGCUACUGGAAAUCAAGAAAGUGACAAACUGAAUCAACACAACAAGAGUUACAUCCAUGCACUGUCAACUACCAUGUAACUUCUGUAAAGAUCACCUAUUUUGGACUAACAACCUUGUUAAGGCUCAAUAUACCUUCAAUUAUGCUCUGAAAAAUAUAAGAAUCAGUUAUCCUGGCCAUUAAAACUCCUCUGGUCAUCUACACCUCCUGAACAUUUGCUUAACUGCAGCACUAUUGCCAAAGAUGUUGAAUCUAUCCAGCCUUGGGCAAAUCGGUAUUUCCUGCUUGGGGCCAUUUAAACAGAUGAGAAGAAAUACAAUGGUAAUAGGGCCUAAUGUCCAGUAUAAGUGCACUAAAGUCAGAGUCAACUGCAGGGCUUGAGUCUUGGGGCUAUCAGGUUGGUAAUCUCCAUUGCCAACCAGGAAAUCCUAAUGGAAUUACAAACUUCCGAGCUGAACAAAACAAUAAGUAUGGCCAGACUUUCAAGUUGAGAACCUUCUGCACCCUCCCAAUAUCCAUCUUCCCUCAGUCCCCACAAAACCCACCAUACCAAGGCUUCUUGAUAUUCCAGUAUCUCUUAGCCCAACCCUCACUUCCUUGAACCAUUUUGGGAAGCUUAAUUCGAAUUUAGUGAAGCUUGACACCAUUCAGAACAAAACAAUUUAUUUUGAAAAGACUCGAGCAGAACAUUCAUGUUAAAUCUAUUGUAUUAAGUUUUAUUAUAUUGCAGUUAAGUACCAUUGCAAUUGGAGCUAAUAAUUCAAUAGCAACAGUUCAAUGCCAAGGAACACUAUGGAGAUAAAUUCUGGGAUUUUUUUAUGUGUUUUGCUGAUUGAGUUAAUAAUAAAAUCCAGUAAUUAUAAAGGUGAGGAUUCUGGAGUACAAGAUCAGUAUCAGUAGAAUCAAAAUUUUAAUUGUGGAAUGUUGAUGCAUGAAUAUGAUUCUUACAUAGUGAUAAAUGCAUGUUCAUUCUGAACUUCCCUUGAAAUCUUCUUUUGUAAUGAUUGUAUAAUGAAUAGUUGUACAUCAUUUCUGCAGUGAUGAAAAAAUAUGUUUAGUAAAUGAAAAUAAAAAAACUGCAGAUUCUGCAAAUCUGAAAUAAAAACAGAAAAUUCUAGAAACACUCAGCAAGUCAGACAACAUGUUGA